AUGCUUGGUUCAGAGAAGCUGAUGCUUCUGGAAGGUCAAGCAUUCCACCAUGUGCUUCGCUUUUUCUCUGAAGUGAAUCCGGAAGAAAAUUUUACCUGGUAUAAAAACCACACUCAGAUCAAACAUUUAUCUUCUGAGGAGGAUAGGUCAGUGCAUUACCAUGGACCUGCACUCUUUCUACUCAACAUCUCCACUGAGGAUUCUGGUACCUACAUCUGCCAACUUGAUUUCCAAGGAAAAUGUUACUACAGUUAUCUAAAGAUUAAGGUCUUCCCAGCAAGUUGCAAAAUGAACAGGGAAUUAUUCUACAAUGAAAUCAACCACUCUGGCCAGAACAAAAAGGUUCCAUGCCCACUGGAAAAAUUAUGCAAAGUUUUGACUGGAUCCUACACCUGGUAUAGGAACUUCACUCUUCUUGAAGGUGAACAUGAUGUCAAUCUGUACGUUAACAGAGCCACCAAAGAUGAUGAGGGCAUUUACACUUGUGUUUGUACCUGGACACACAAUCAACAUACGUACAACUCCUCAGCCUCCAGGAUGCUGAUGGUUGAAGAGGAUGUUUUCAACCAGAGACCAGAAAUCAUCUCUCCAAUUAUCAAGGAGCAAUUCACGAAUAAAGGUGACAAGUUAGUUCUCAACUGCUCAGUUCGGUGUGGGGUCAAUGCUCAUCGCAAUUGUCAUGCUGAGUGGAAAAUCAAUGGGGGUGAUGCAAAGGUGAUGCAAGGAUACAACACUGUUGUCAUCCCACCAAGUUCAAAGAUCACCAUCGCCACUAUGAUCCUGACAAUUGAACGAGUGUCUGCUGAUGACUUUGAGAGCAACUUUACAUGUUUCGGUCUCGGCUUGUACGAGGCUACAUCUGCCACUUUAAAUCUCAAACCGAGAGCAUCAAUGACAUUGCUGAUAAUGCAAGGACUGUGUGCGUUGUUCCUGUGCAUCCUGGUGGCUGCAGUGGUGAAAUGUUUUGACAUUGACCUGGCACUCCUUUUCAGACGAUGCUUCCCUCUUAGCAGAGGUGAUGAUGAUGGAAAGGUUUACGAUGCCUACGUUGUCUACCAGAUGCCAAGUUCAGACAAGGACUGUGAAGAGAGACUCUGCCAUUUUGUCACCAAGAUGUUGCCCUCCGUUCUUGAGAAAGAGUGUGGCUAUCGACUAUUCAUACAAGGGAGGGAUGAUGUACCUGGAGAAGAUCACCUGGAGCUGGUGGAGGCCCGUAUAAAGAAAAGCAGAAGGCUGAUGGUUAUCCUCCUCCCGGCGUCACAGUCUGGGUUGGAGAUCACAGACCAGUGCCAAAUCUCCCUGGACAACCCGGGAAGGUUUGAUUGGCAGGUGGGGUUGCACGAGGUGCUGUUCCAGAGUGACAUGAGUAUAAUUCUGAUUCAGCUUGGGGACACUGGGCCACAAGGAUACAAGCAUCUUCCACCAGGUUUGCAACACCUAAUUCGCAAGAGUGCCCCCCUCAGGUGGCCAGCGGGUGCAUGCUGUGCUGUCAUACACAAAUCACGCUUCUGGAAAAGAGUGCGUUAUCUGAUGCCUGCCAUGCCUGUCAAACAGCAUCCUUGUUCUGCUAUUGUCUGA